UUUAAUAAUCUGUGCUGCCUUAACUUAACCCAAGUUUGAUUCUUUUGUACAUUUGUAUUUUUGAAAAGCAUUAGAAAAAGAAAGUAAACAAUUUUUCUUUGUGGCUUUGCAAUGUCUUCGCUGAAAGAAGAAAGCGUGCCGCGCUGUUGCGCGAGUGAGGCCGAUGAAGCAGAGACGCCUGAACAUGACCCUCACUUCGAUCCCAUUGUAUCUUUACCUCUCGUAGACAUUCAUACUAAUGAAGAAGAUGAAGAGGAGCUGGUCAAGAUACGCGCGAGAUUGUACAGAUAUGAUACCGGUGACCACGAAUGGAAGGAACGAGGCACUGGUGAUAUAAAAUUAUUGAGACACAGAUCUAACAACACUGUCCGUGUUGUUAUGAGACGGGAUAAAACGCACAAAGUGUGUGCUAACCACUUUAUAACACCUGACAUCAGGAUGAAUGUGCACUGUGGAUCUGAUAAGGCUUUCAAUUGGUCUGUAUUUGCCGAUUAUGCAGAUGAAACUUGUAAACAGGAGUUACUUGCAAUAAAAUUUGGAAAUCCACAGAAUGCCGAACUAUGGAAGGCCAAGUUUGCUGAGGCUCAAGAAAUAGUGAGAACAAAAUGCAGCCUGUAUACUCAAGAUCAAUCUUCAGAUGAUGAAAGUAGUAUCACAAGAAGUGAAGAUACUGACACUCCUGAACCUAAGAUUGUGGAUAGAUCACCCGAGGAAGACGGCAAGAGUGAAAAUAUAGAUUUAAAAGAUGGUGUGUUACUGAAGUUGAAGGAACUUAAAGUUGAUGGUGAAAAAGUUGAAUAACUUUGAUGAACUUUAUUCUAAUAAUUUUAAACUUUUGACAUACUUAAAAUAGGGAGUAAAUUGCGAAACUGUAUUUGUUACAAAAUGUUUAUGGGUUGAUGAAUGUUUUUAUUGGGUGUGACAAGAGCUGUGAAAUGUUGGCAUCGAAAAAAGGUUAUGGAGUAUUCCUGAGAAAAUGUAUUUGAUAAAUGUUCAUAUGUCUUAUAUUAAGCAAGCAUUUAUAAUUACAUAAGUGUUAGUAUAGCAUAUCAAAACAUUUGUAGUAAAUUUAAUCCUUGACCAGUAAUAAUUAAAAUUCCCUUUUUAUUACUUUAAAAUUAAUGUGUAAUUUCAUAUAAAGUAUAUGUAUUAAUCCAUUAUCUUCUUGGAAACAGUUUUCAUCUGUAAUGCCUAGUUCACAGUUGGACAUUAGUGUUAUUGUUAGCUGGACUGGCAUUCAACUAUUGUAAAAUAACUAGUACCAGUGAGUUUAUUCAAUUUUUGACUAGCCUACACUACUGUCCAACUGUACUGACAAAGUGUGCAUUGAUUAUUAAGUUCUUUUUGUGAAAAUGAAGAUUUGUUUUGCAUAUGUUUAUUAUUCCAGAAUCUUUUUUUUUACCUGAUAAGCAAUUAGUAUGAUAGUGUAUGAAUUUUAGUGAUAACAUUUUGCAUAAUAAACCACAACUUUUUGAAAAAACAACCAAUUCAAUAGAUUUAUAUUAAUAAUUCUCAUUAUUGAAUUUGUUGAAUGAAUACUUUCCUUCAACAGGUUCUAUAAUGUAUUUUAAACCAAUAUAGUUGGAGGUUAUCUAUUAUAUUUCAGUCAAAAGUCUCAUUGUUAUUUCUCUACUAUAAUUGAAGUAUUUUAAGGAAUUUGAUUUUUUCUAUAAUCCAUUUUUACUACACCAGAUCUUUUAAGAUCUUGUAUGCCCGUCUUAUUAAAUUUUCAAUGCAAUUGUUAAGUUGGACUCAAGGACAUAAUGUUGCACCAUAAAAUAACAUACUUUUGAAUAUAGGUACAAUACUUUUGUAACAGUCUUUAUUUGUGGUUUUAUAUCAUAAUAAAUAAUAGAAAUAA